ACUGUCUCAACUCUCAGCUGUGGAGUGAGUGACUGUGCCGCCUGUCAUCCCCCAUGUCCCGUUCCUGCCGAUGCUCCCCGACGCCCACCAUCAGCGUUCACUCUCACCCCCGCUGAGAGUUUGCAUUCUCACCGGGUCCUGCCAGCACCCUGCUCUCUUCGAAGUUUGAGCAACAAAGUUAUCAACUUUAUACACCUUUUCUGAAUGACGGGCGGUCGUUUCGACUUUGACGAUGGUGGCACCUACUGUGGAGGCUGGGGGGGCGGCAAAGCUCACGGCCACGGUGUGUGCACCGGACCCAAGGGCCUGGGCGAAUAUGCAGGCUCGUGGUCCAACGGCUUCGAGGUGGUGGGAGUGUACACCUGGCCCAGUGGGAACGUGUACCAAGGCUACUGGGCGCAAGGAAAACGACACGGACUCGGCGUAGAAACCAAGGGCAAGUGGAUCUAUCGAGGAGAGUGGACCCACGGGUUUAAGGGUCGGUACGGAGUGCGACAGAGCCAGAACACACCAGCCAGGUACGAGGGCACCUGGACUAACGGGCUGCAGGACGGCUAUGGCAUCGAGACGUACUCUGAUGGAGGUACAUACCAGGGUCAGUGGACUGGUGGGAUGCGUCAUGGAUACGGUGUUCGUCAGAGUGUUCCGUAUGGUAUGGCAUCAGUCAUCCGCUCACCACUUCGAACCUCACUGGCUUCCCUGCGGAGUGAACACAGUAACGGCACAGUUUUACGAGACAGUCUAUCUGACAGCCCUGCCGGCACCCGUGGUGGCUUUGUGCUCAACUUUCAUUCAGAUGGAGAAGGUUCUGAGAAAAAGGGUCUCUUUCGCCGUGGCUCUCUUUUUGGCAGCCUGCAUCGAUUGCGCAAAUCCGAUUCACGCUCAUCCAUCUCCAGUAAGCGCAGUUCAGCACGUAGUGAAACCACGAUGAGUCGUAUCAGUUCAAGUGAUGCCAAUUCCACCAUCAGUUUCGGAGACGGAGACCCAGGUGAUGACUUCUUGACUCUAGAGGACAAUGUAGAUGCCACCACUACCGAGUCCUACAUGGGCGAGUGGAAGAACGACAAACGCAAUGGCUUUGGUGUCUCCGAGCGUUCCAACGGCAUGAAGUAUGAAGGAGAAUGGUUAAACAAUAAGCGCCAUGGCUAUGGCUGUACUAUUUUUCCUAAUGGCACCAAAGAAGAAGGGAAGUAUAAAAAUAACGUAUUGACCCGGAGUCUUAGAAAACAGUUCAUCCCGCUGAGGAACACCAAAACUAAACAGAAAGUGGAUCGUGCCACUGAAGGAGCAGUGAGAGCCGCUGCCAUUGCCAGAACCAAAGUAGAGAUCGCCAUCUCCAGGACAUCUCACACUCGGGCCAAAGCAGAGGCAGCAGAUCAAGCUGCUCAGUCAGCUAGCCAAGACUCAGAUAUUGCAAGAAUUGUGGCCAGAGAACUCUCACCAAAUUUCCAUCAGCCAGGCCCCGACUAUAUACGGCAGAAAUACAAUGUACCAGUGGAAGUGAAGGAUGUCCUUGAGGAGAGUAAAGUGGAGAAAACGCCAUCAAGUAGCCCUCAUUUCUACCGGAAAGGCACAACACCGACACAUUCUCCAUCUCAGAGCCCGGGCCCCAGUCCCACUCCCUCACCAACUCCCAUCAAUAAGUCUGUUUUCAGCAGUAAACCAUCUGCCACUGUCAGUCCACCAAAGCCUCCUGGGAAAGUAACAGCUGAGCCUAUAAAAGAAGGCAUUACCAAGGCAGCAUCGCAGCUUUCUCUCAAACAGGAAGUGAGGCAACAAGCAGAAUCAUCAUCACUUAAACCAGCCAUACCAAAUAGUGGUCCCCCUAAUAAUGGACAAAUCCACGCCCAAUAUCAUGGUUACUACGUCAAGGAUGUCAAAAUGCUGCCACCUGAAGAAACAAUUCACCUGGAAGAUGAUUUUCACCCAUCAAGCCUUGCGCGCUUGCCGCCCCCCGCCAAGCAAGUUUGGGCACCACCACCAAAAGUCAUUCCCAGUCCUUCUCCAGUGCCACCAAAAGAGAACGUCAAAGCUCCAGAGUCUUCCAAGCAGAAAGCACCGGAAUCAAAUAAACCAAAGACUUUUGCAGAAACCAAGAAAGCAAGUGUGGAAAGUAGCCCCGAUAUUAUUGAGGAUAAGUCGGGUCCCAACUCGAUCUUGGUGGUUCUGGUGAUGUUAUUAAAUGUUGGUCUAGCCAUUAUUUUUGUCCACUUCCUGACUUGACUAAAUCUGAACUCAGAUUUUUUCAAAAUUGUCACCCAAGCUGAUAACUCUCCAUCAGCCUUUUAAAAUGGGUUCCAAUCAGAAUGGAAAAAUAUGGAGGAUCGAAAAUAAGAGGGGUGAGGAAGGAAAGAAGAAGCUGGCGCAAGAAGAAAGAAAGCAGCGGUAGAGAAAGAUGAAACCAACGCUAUCACCACAGUCUCCGGAUGGACUGAACGGCUGUCUCUGGUGCUCGGCGCAACCUGAUUGGACCGGGGAUGAUUUGCAAUUCCACUUGCACAGUGAAAGUUGAAGCAAGUGGUCGCUGGUCGGAAAUAGGAAGGGAGAAAAUAACACCUGAGACUCAACUUUAGAUUCUCAGACAGAUUUCAAAACUACAGCACACAUGGACAGUUGAUAAUGAAUGUGCAGACUUUGCAGUCUUUUUUUAAAUGGCCUCUGUUUUAUCUCCAUUUUCACUGAGCAAUUCUUGAAACUUGGAAGUGCUUCAGUGCUGCAAUAAAGUUUGUGCCUCAUCCAUUUCUUUGAAGAAAA